CGCAGGCGCAGUGGGAGCAGCAGCGUUGAGCUGAGGUGGACUUUCUCGGUCGGUUUGAAAGAAGCGGUGCGGUCCGGCAGUAGGAGCUCAGCAACAGCGACGACGAAACUUCUCCGACAACCUCAGACACCACGAUGAUCCGGAUAGCUACCUUCCUCGCUCUGCUGGUGGUCGCCUGCUCGGGCGAGAGCUGCACGGACCCAGUGAUCACUCCGUCGGCCUACACCACCUCCGACGCCGUCAUCUCGUCCGAGUCUGUCUUCAUCGUUGAACUCAGUCUUGCCUGUGCCAACGGAGCACAGAGUGUGACUCUGUAUGCUGAUGUCAAUGGAAGACAAUUCCCGGUGACCAGAGGGCAGGAUGUUGGCAAGUACCAGGUGUCCUGGAGUCUUCCUCACAAACAGGCCAGCUCUGGAACAUAUCAGGUCAAAUUCUUUGAUGAGGAGUCUUACAGUGCCCUGCGCAAGGCCCAGAGAAACAAUGAAGAUGUAAAUGCCAUUCAGCCUCUCUUCUCCGUCAACAUUGAUCACAGGGGUGCGUGGAGUGGCCCAUGGGUAUCUACUGAGGUGGUGGCUGCCCUCAUUGGUAUCCUGGUCUAUUACAUGGCUUUCAGUGCCAAGAGUACCAUCCAAGCAUAAACGGAGCCACUUUUUUCAACCACUGGAUCGUUAAAGACUGAACUCUGGUGAAGCUCAAUCAACGAUCCAUCAUCCAGUGUUGUGGCAAGCCAACAGGAUUUUGUCACUUGACCUGCUUUGUGAUGAGGAGCAGGAGUUGCAGUCUUUGUAUUGUUUUUAUUCAGACUGUGUCUGUAUGCCAUCUGUGUUUUCACUUUACAGAUGACUUUUGUCACAAGUUUGUCCUGUCAAUAUGGAUGGAAUUUUGUAAUUUUUCUUUUUUCUUUUUUUGGAUAAAACCAUACAAAUAAACCUGGACCACAUAAAUUAAACAAAACAAAUAUAGAUGUACUGUAUUCAGCUGAAAAGUUGUUGCUACAUCCAAACCAGAUUACUCUUUGUUCCUCUGUGUGGAUGCAUUGGCCAGAGUGGGGCAGAUGUGUUGAACACCAAUCGAGUUAAGCCUUCUUUGCAGAAGAAAUGUCAAUAAUGUGACUGCACUGGCUGGCCCGACCAGGCCUAGUGUCUCUUCCAGUAAAAUGAAUAAAUGGCUUGUUUUUC